AUGAAAAUAAGUGAUUACUAUUCAUUAGAUAAAAAAGAAAACUUACUAAAAAAUAUUUAUGAACAAAAUUUUUCAGUAGAUUAUAAUGAAGAUCUAUCAUUCGUAAAUAAUUCAAACUUACAUACAUUUGACAAAAUAUUUUAUAAUAAUAAAGAUAAAUAUUUAUUUAACAUGUAUGUGAAAAAUAAAUUUGAAAAUUCAGAAAAAAUUAAGAAACAUAAUUUUGUUAAUAAAACGUAUAAUAUAAAAAAAAAAGAUGAAUAUAAUAAUAAAAAUGAUAUAUAUAUCAAUUGUAAUUUUAGAAAUAAUUUACAUAAUGAUGAAUGUUUUUCAUGUAGUGAUACUAUUUGCAAUGAUGACAACUAUUCAGAAAAAAGUAUUGGUUGUCUAAAUAGUUGCUAUAAUGAGAAAUAUAAUGAAGAAAUAAAUAACUUGAACCCACUAAAAAUUAAUAAUAAUAUGCAUUUAAAUGAAUUCAAAAAUGCUUUAUAUGAAUGUGAUUUAAUUAAUGUAAAUAAUUUAUAUAAAAAUAAUUUCAACCAGUUUUAUCUAAAUUUAUUAAAUAAUAUGAAUUUUAACAAUUUAAAUAAAAAUAAUUUUAAUACAAAAUUAACUGAAAAUGGAUAUUCUCUCUUAGAUAAACAUUUAGAAAAAACUAAAAAUUGUAACGAAAAUACUAAUAAUUUAAAUAAUAACAACAAUUUUAAUGCUAAUUCUUCAUUAAGUGAACUUAUUCCUAACUUUAUAAGAGAGUUAAACCAAAACUCUGUAAAUAAUAUAAAAUUCUUAAGAGAUCAAAUGAACACUUCAAAUAAUAUCUAUGAAAAUGAAUUAUGUAAUUAUAAAAAAAAAAAGGAUGAGUAUUAUUCAUUUAAAAAUAAUAACAAUAAUAAUAUACUUUUAAAAGUUGAAAAGACUGAUAAAAGUAAAGAUAAUAUCACUCAUAAAAAUGUAAAUUACUUAAAUAUUAAGAGCCAUUUUCAAUCUAAAUUUUUAUAUAAAAAAGAGAAAAGUUCUUUUAUGGAUAAUAGGAUCAUUAACAAAAAUAAUUAUUAUAACUUUAAUUCAAAUAAAUAUAUUCAAAAUUACAGAAACAAUAUCUUAUAUAAUAAUAAGGAUAAAAUUAAUGUUAAUAGUAUUUAUACCAAAAAUCUAAAUAAUAUUAAUAAAAAUAAUAAUAAUAGAAAUAAUAUUAAUAAUAGCAAUAAUAUUAAUAUUAGUACUAUCACUAAUAAUAACAUUAGAAGUAGUGAUGGUAGUGUUACUAGUGAUAAUAAUGACAUUAGUUAUAGUAUUAAUAAUGAUAAUAAAUAUAAUAAUAAUGAUAAUAAUAAUAAUAUUAACAAUAAUAAUAAUAUAAAUAAAAUUAAUAAUAAUGAUAAUAAUAAUAUUAAUAAGAUAAGUAAUAAUAUAAAUAAUAAACUUGGGAUUGAACGUGAAAGUGCAAAUUAUCAUGAAUACAUAAAUACAAAAAAAUUAAAUGAAUCAAAUAUUUAUAAUUCUUUAAAUAAAAAUGUAAGUAAGACAAAUGAGAAAAAAAAGAAAAAAGUAGAUAUGAAAAAUAUAAGUAAUGAAGAUAUAAAAGGUAAAAAUAAUUUAUUGAAAUUAAAUAAAUACGUAGAAAUUUUUUAUUUAAAAAAAAAAAUAAGAUUAAUUAAUUGUUUGAUGCAUUUAAAAAGUAUAUCCUUCCCUUGGCAAGGGGGAGAAAAUAAAAAUAUAUUUUUAUUUAACUUAUCUAAUAUUCUUUAUACAAAUGAUAUUACAGUUUUAUGUAUAUAUGAAUUUAUAUUUUUACCUUUAAUCAAUUAUUUUAAUAAUAAAUCUAAAGAUCUUAAUAAAAUAUUAAGAAAUUCUGAUAAUUGUAAAAACAUUUUUUUUUUUGAUGAAACAGACGACAAUAGUAAUGAUAAUUGUUCAUCAGGAGAAGAAAACUUUAGACCUAAUAUAACAUUGACACAUGUGUUAAAAAAAAAAGAAAAAGAAAUUAUAGACACAAAAAAUUAUUUUAAUAAAAAAGAAAAAAAAAAAAUAAAAGUAGAAAAAUGUGAAAAUGAUAUUAAGAAAAAUGAGAUAAAAUUAAAAAACAGAAUAAAUAAGGAAUUGAAUCAGAGUAUAAAUAAAAAUUCAUUGUUAAAUGUUAGCGAUUUUAGCUCAUGGUUUGAUGAAAAUAUGAGUGAAUUAAAUUUUAUAGAAUUAUUAAAUCUGAAUGAGUUUUUUCUAUUUGAUCCUAUUUCUUAUGUUGAUGAAAAAAAAAUAAGAAACCUUAUUCAUAUUAAAGAUAUUUUUCACACUGUGUAUUUAUUAGAAUGCUUUCAGUUACAAAAAGAUUAUAAUAAAAAUUUUUUUGAUAAAUGCUUUGAUGUAAUAAUUAAUGAUUUUUCUAUUUAUCUUAAGUAUAUAUAUCACUUAAAAUUUAAUGUGUGUUUUCCAAAUAUUAAUUUAAAAAAAGAAUUUACAGAUGAUUAUUUUAACACGAAAUUUGCAUUUGAGGAACACUUAAAAGGAAAGGAGAUUAAUGAAAUGUUUUUCUUAAAUUUAUUGAACAAAAAGAAUAAAAGAAUAUUUGAGAAUAAAUUUAUUAGUGAAAAGGAAAAAGUAUCAAAUGUAAAUGUAGUAAGUAUACAAAGUUUAAAUUUUAAAAAUAUAAAAUGCAAAAACAUGAAAAAAAAUUGUGAUAUAAGAAAAGAUUAUAAUUUUGAUGAAUUUAAUAUAUUUAAUAUUUUCUAUAUUUAUGACUAUAUACAUUCAAUGGAUGAAUAUAAAAAUUUAUCUAUUUUUUCAAAUGUAAGUAGUAAGAAAAAUGACAUAAAAACAAGUAAAAGCAACGAAUGCUCUAAUAAUAAUAUAAAUUAUAACAAUUUAAGAGAAGAAAAAUUGAAUACUUUUGAAAAAAAUGUAAAAGAUUUUAUAAAUACUUAUUUUGAAAAAUAUUAUGUAAACACAAAUGACAAUUUUACAACCGUAAAUAGUAGCAAUUUUUGUGAAAAAAUAUAUGAUUUUCAAAGCAAAAAUAAUAAUGCUAAUAUUAAAAACAGAGAUGGUAUUGAAUUAAAAAAAACACAGAAUAUUGAAAAAAUAAAAUCAGUUAAUAUAUAUACUAAUGAAAAAUAUUCAUCAGACAAUUAUUUAAAUAAACAAGAUAGAAUAAUAAGUAAUGCAUUAGAUGAAAUUUAUGGUAAUUAUAUUAAUGAAAAUUAUACAUUAAAAAAAAAUGAUAGGUAUGAUGUACUUUUGGAAAAUAAGGAAAUUGUAAAAAAUUAUUGCAGUAUUAAUAACCAUGUUAGCACAAAAAAUAAUAUUGAAGAUUCUUCAUAUAAAAUUAAUGAAAAAAAUUUUAAUUAUAUCAAUAACCUUUCAUUUUCUAAUAAUUACGAAGAAUUUAAUGAAAAUCAUUCGAAUAAACAAAAUUAUGAUACUACAAUGUUAAAGGAAGAUUAUAAAGAGGAGGAAGAAUUGAAAAAUUGUUGUUCUAUAUCACUAAAGUUAAUUAUUGAAAAUCCUUUUUAUUUGGCUAAUAAAAAAUUUUUAAAUAAAAAGUUUGAUAUGAAAACAUUACUAAAAGACAAUGAACAAAAUAUAAUUAAACAAAAUGAAAAUGAUGAAUAUGAAAAAAAAACAUAUACAGAAGAUAAAAUAUUAAAAAAUUGUACAAAAAAAAAAGAUUUAUUAAAUUUUUUAAUAAAAAAAAAUAUCGAUUAUAACAUCAAUGAAAGUAAUAAUAAAUUUUACAAUUUUAAUGAUAGUAAUUUGUGUAAUGAAUAUGAAAGCUAUUUAAAUCUUUGCAGAAAAACGAAUUAUGAAAACAAAAAUAAUCAUAUGAAUGAUUAUAACAUAAAUAAUAAAAUGGAUGAUAAUUUAAAUAUUAAUUCUACUAACGGUAAAGAGACAAAUAAUAAUUCAAAUAGCAAUACAUUUUUUCAGAUUAAUUUAAAGAAAUUAAAAAAUACAGAAAAUAAUCAAAUAAAUGAUUUCAUUAAUAAAUACAAUUGUGGUAAUCAAUUUAUGUUUAAUAAAAAUAAAAACCUUAAAGAAGAAAAAAAUAGUAAAACAUAUGAUAAAAAUAAGGAUUUUAAAAAAAAUUUUAAUUUUCCUACAAAUCUUCUUCUUACAUUAACUAAUAAUAGAUUAACUGAUAACCACCGUAUCAUAAAUAAUGAAUCAGUUCCAAAUGAAGUUUUCUCAAUUUUUAAUAAUUUAAGGUUAAAAGAAGAAUUAAACAGUCAUUUUCCCAAUGAUAAAAAUUACAUAAAAAAAGAUAUUAAAAAAAUGAAUGAUAUUAAUGAAAAUGAAAUUGGUGAUAUACAAAAUGAAAUUGGUGAAAUACAGAAUGAAAUUUCUAAAAUACAGAAUGAAAUUUUUGUUAAAAAAAAAAAUGAUUGUGAUAUUCAAAAAAGUUAUCUUAUUAAAGAAAACGAAGUAAAAUUAAAUAAAACAGAUUCUACUAGUUUCACUGAAGAAAAAAAUAACAAUAGUAUAAAUAAAAAUCAAAUAUUCUAUAGUUCUAUUAUUAAUUUUUUAAAUAAUACAGUAGAAAAAGAAGUAAAAGAAGAAAAAGAAGAAAUAGAAGAAAUAGAAGAAAUAGAAGUAAAAGAAGAAAAAGAAGUAAAAGAAGAAAAAGAAGAAAAAGAAGGAAAAGAAGAAAAAGAAGGAAAAGAAGAUUCAGAAAAAAUAGAGGAAUAUGUUUCAUAUGUUUCUAACGAUAUUACAAAUGUAAAAAGAAAAAAGAUUAAUAAAAAUGAGUACUUAAUAAUUAAUGAAAAAAUGGAUAAUAAUUUUGAUUCAAUUUACAAUAAGGAUUUUGGAUGCUCUUUUAAUGAAACAUAUGAAAUUUAUAAGAAUAAAAAUUUACAAAAUUCUUAUAAUAACAAGAAUUUUAUAGAAGUAUUUAAUUUUAAAAGAACAAAUCAUAUAGAUGAAUUAAAAUAUAGAAUUCGUAAUAAAGUUGAAGAGAUGGAAUAUACUAUCAAUAAUUUUUUUAAAAAACUUAAAUUAAUUGAUAAUAAUAAUUUAUAUAACUCAGAUGAAAAAGAAAAGAAGAUACUCGAUUUAAUUAUGAAAUAUGUAAAUAAGUUGAGAAAUAUUGAUUCAAAAAAAUGUAAAAUUAAAAAUAUAUCUUUUGACUCAAAUUAUAAUAGAUACAUUGCUUUUUUUUUUUUUAAAAAUAAGAAAAAAUCCAAAUCCUUCUCAUGUAAAAAAUAUGGAGGAAAAGAAAAUGCGAAAAAUGAAGCUGCUAUUUUUCAUACUCAUUAUAAUAAAUUCUACAACUAUUUUAUUAGCUAUUUAGAAAACAAAAAAAAGAAUAUAAAAUUAUAG